AUGGCCUUUGUCCAGCCCGGCUGCCCGGCUAGGUUCGCCUACCAGAAUGAGCAUCGUGUCAAAGGGCUCAACGCAGAAACCCUAGCGAGGGUCUUCCUUCCCACGCCCUCAUGGCUGUCGACUCCGGAGUAUGCAGCAAUCCGGUCAGAUACUGGCAAUCCAUCAACCUGCAUCUUCUUCAGCCUUAAUAUUUCCAUAUACAACCAACAGAUAAUCUCCUCGGAAUGGACCGAGCAAUGGUUCUUCAUGUCGGACGAUGAUAACAUCACAGAAUACACCGUCCCCGCGCUUAUAGUCCGCGAUCACAGCUACCAACCAAUUGUCACUCGCACCCUCAGCUCGGUGGAUACUUUCCCAACGAUACAACCCAUUGUCUCCUUCACGGGACCUGUCAUCGGCUCCGGCCGCGACCUCCUGCAUGGAAACUCGGCUGCGGCCCUUGACGACACCCAGCUGAGCUGCUGCGGCUUUAAGAUGACCGAGAGGCGCGACAGCCAGUUCCAGUCGAACACUCUCUUCACCUGUACGGGCAAAAUCGCCGGCUUACUGGAUCACCAGAUCAUGAAACAUGCCCCGGCUUUCGACCAAGACUAUAUCUUCAUCGUCGUCCCCGACACGUGGACUUUCCACGACAAGGCCAUGUCCGACCAGGCUUCUGCAACACAACUACUGCCGACGACACCCAAGAGCGCGUCGAUCCUUAUGCUGGCAUCAAGUCGGUCAUUGCCCGAUCCCUACCAAACCCCAACCAAGAGACCGCGACUUUCUCCCGAAACUUCCACCAUAAUCACCGACUGUGACGGUCAAGACUCCCCCAAAUCCGAUACCUCCUCCUUUCUGUCCCCGGAAGACCCCGCAGAGUCAGAGACGGACACCGAACAGGUCAAUCACCAAGACACAUCCGCCUCUGGCUCUAUCAGACCUCCCGCGUCGAUAUCUUCCCGACCACUGCGCGCCCGACGUCCGCCCAAGAAUAUUCUCUAA